UGUGACCUGUGGUGUAUGCAGAAAAUCUAAAGGCGCUCAGCCACUGGUUGGAGAACAGCCAUAAAACCAGCCGAAGGUGCCCAACAACUGAGUCUAACUCGGCAGCUGAGGCAACAAAGGGGUUAGGUUGUCGACUCGUCUGAUCCCGAAUACAGAUUUAAGAAUGUGGCGAUUUGCCUUCCUCUGUGUGCUCUCAGCCCUGUCAGUCAGCUGGGCGAGGCCACGCCUCCCUCCCCUGUCACAUGAAAUGGUCAACUAUAUCAACAAGAUCAAUACCACAUGGAAGGCUGGACACAACUUCCACAAUGUUGACUACAGCUACGUAAAGCGGCUGUGUGGAACUCUUCUGAAGGGUCCCAAGCUCCCAGUCAUGGUCCAGUAUGCUGGAGAUCUUAAGCUGCCCAAGAACUUUGACCCCAGGGAGCACUGGCCCAACUGCCCAACCCUCCAGGAGAUCCGGGACCAGGGCUCCUGUGGCUCCUGCUGGGCUUUUGGUGCAGCAGAGGCCAUCUCUGACCGUCUGUGUAUCCACAGCAAUAGUAAGGUCAGUGUGGAAAUCUCUUCCGAGGACCUGCUGACCUGCUGCUCCGAGUGUGGCAUGGGGUGCAAUGGAGGCUACCCUUCUGCUGCCUGGGAGUUCUGGACCUCAGAGGGACUGGUGUCUGGAGGGCUGUAUGACUCUCACAUUGGUUGCCGGCCCUAUUCCAUCCCUCCAUGUGAACAUCAUGUGAAUGGGACACGCCCACCCUGCACUGGUGAGGGUGGGGACACACCCCAGUGUGUGGCUCAGUGUGAGGCUGGGUAUAGCCCCUCCUACAAACAGGACAAACACUUUGGAAAGCAUUCCUACAGUGUUCCCUCUGAACAGCAGCAGAUCAUGAGUGAGCUGUACAAGAACGGUCCUGUUGAGGCUGCCUUCACUGUCUAUGAGGACUUCCUGUUGUACAAGACUGGUGUCUAUCAGCACGUCACUGGUUCACCUCUAGGUGGCCAUGCCAUCAAAGUCCUGGGCUGGGGUGAGGAAAAUGGCACCCCCUACUGGCUGGCUGCUAACUCCUGGAACACUGACUGGGGUGACAAUGGGUUCUUCAAAAUCCUGCGUGGGGAAGACCACUGUGGCAUUGAGUCGGAAGUUGUUGCUGGAAUCCCUAAGAACUAGAGAAGCUUCUUGCAGUGGUUCUUUGUCUUCAAGUGUGUAUAAGAACCUCCCUUUUUCUGGCAAGGGUCAUUUGAUCACUUGAUGCCCUCCACUCUAAAACUGUAGUAUCUGAAUUCCAUAGCUGAGCUAUAUGCUGACCACUUUCUGCUGCUAGAUCAUUGAGAAAAUUGGGUUUAAAAAAAUUUCAGCUUUUGAUUUUAUGAGCGUGACUGGGGCUUUUCAUGAGUUUGUCCAAGGUGAUCCUUGGUCAGUAAAGGUGUAGGAUGUUUCUGAUGGUUGGAAGCUCUGGGUUUGCCUUCAGAGCUCCAACAUUCAGACAAUCUACCAAGGAGCCCCCACCCCCUAUGCCUGCCAUGAGAACAAUCACAAAGCCAGUAACUUGUUAAAUUUUAGAACAAUGCACUAGAAAUCAGUUUUUAAAUGUUUUCUAUAAUUGUGUAGUUUUCUUAUUGUUGAUGACAUUGUACCGUUUGGUUGUCUUUUAUGGUUUUUCAAAGCUAAAUAAAUUUUGAAAUUAA